AUGUUCAUUGGCAGCGGUCACGUGACAGGGCUGGGUGACCUCACUGAGUGUCAUUUCAGUGGAGCCACAGGGGCAGAGUCCAGCUUGGGGUACUUCGUGCUGGAUUUCGAGACUGGCAUCCUGCAGUAUUUUGUGAAUGAGCAGAGCAAGCACCAGAAGCCUCGAGGGGCCCUGUCUCUUUCUGGCGCCAUCGUGUCCCUGAGCGACGAAGCGCCCCACAUGCUGGUCGUGUACGCUGCCAACGGGGAGAUGUACAAGCUGAGAGCUGCUGAUGCAAAAGAGAAACAGUUCUGGGUGACUCAGCUCCGAGCUUGUGCCAAAUACCACAUGGAGACGAAUUCGAAGACGACUCCAAGCUCCCGAAGCCGAAGUCUCACUUUGCUCCCCCAUGGAACAUCCAAUUCUGCGUCUCCCUGUAGCCAGAGACACCUCAGCGCCGGGGCCCCUGGUGUCGUCACAAUCACGCAUCACAAGUCGCCUGCCGCCGCCCGAAGAGCCAAGAGUCAGUAUUCCGGCCAGCUUCACGAAGUCAGAGAGAUGAUGACCCAGGUGGAGGGGCAGCAGAAGAACCUGGUGCACGCCAUCGAGUCUCUGCCGGGGUCUGGUCCCCUCACUGCCUUGGACCAGGACUUAUUGCUCCUGAAAGCUACCUCUGCGGCCACCCUCAGCUGCCUCGGGGAGUGCCUGAGCCUGCUCCAGCAAAGCCUGCACCACGCCGGCCAGCCCAGCCGCAGGCCGGGCGCCUCGGAAAGUAUCCUGGGAUGGCAUGGGCCCAAGUCACACUCCACGGAGCAGCUGAAAAAUGGGACACUUGGCUCCUUGCCAUCAGCCAGCGCCAGCAUCACCUGGGCCAUUUUACCCAACUCCGCGGAGGAUGAGCAAACCUUCCCGCCAGAGCCAGAGCCAGAGCCAAAUUCAGGCCCUGAAUUGGUCUUGUCCGAAGAUGAGAAAAGCGACACUGAAGAUCAGGAAGAGACAGAACUGGGCGUCAUGGAGGACCAGCGCAGUGUGAUCCUUCACCUCAUUUCUCAGCUCAAACUUGGGAUGGAUCUGACCAAGGUGGUGCUCCCCACGUUCAUUCUGGAGAAGCGGUCCUUGCUGGAGAUGUACGCUGACUUCCUGGCGCACCCCGACCUGCUGCUGGCCGUCACCGCGGGGGCCACGCCCCAGGACCGGGUCAUUGGCUUUGUGGAGUAUUACCUCACCGCCUUCCACGAGGGCCGCAAGGGCGCCCUGGCCAGGAAGCCCUACAACCCCAUCAUUGGCGAGACGUUCCACUGCUCCUGGGAGGUUCCCAAGGACAAGGUCAAGGCCAGGAGGACUGCGCCCCCUGCCCCCGUGGGCCACGAGCACCCGAUGGCCGACAACUCUUCCAAGAACUACAAGCUGCGGUUUGUGGCCGAGCAGGUGUCUCACCACCCGCCCAUCUCCUGCUUCUACUGUGAGUGCAAGGAGAAGAGACUGUGUGUCAACACUCACGUGUGGACCAAAAGCAAGUUCAUGGGCAUGUCCGUGGGGGUCUCGAUGAUCGGGGAAGGUGUGCUGCGGCUCCUGGAGCACGGGGAGGAGUAUGUGUUCACCCUGCCCAGCGCCUACGCCCGGUCCAUCCUCACCAUCCCAUGGGUGGAGCUCGGAGGCAAAGUCAGCAUCACCUGCGCCAAGACCGGCUACUCGGCCACCGUCACCUUCCACACGAAGCCUUUCUACGGGGGCAAGGUCCACAGGGUCACAGCAGAAGUGAAGCAUACCCCCACCAACACCAUCGUGUGCAAAGCCCACGGGGAGUGGAACGGGACCCUGGAGUUCACCUACAACAACGGGGAGACCAAGGUCAUCGACACGACCACGCUGCCCAUGUACCCCAAGAAGAUCCGCCCCCUGGAGAAGCAGGGCCCCAUGGAGUCCAGGAACCUCUGGCGGGAGGUGACCCAGUGCCUGCGCCUAGGGGACAUGGAGGCGGCCACCGAGCAGAAGCGGCGGCUUGAGGAGAAGCAGCGGGCGGAGGAGCGGAAGCGGGAGAACCUCCGCGCGCCCUGGCGGCCCAAGUACUUCAUCCAGGAGGGUGACGGCUGGGUGUACUUCAACCCCCUGUGGAAGGCACACUGAUGGUUGGAGAGGCGGAGCUUUCAGAAAUAGCCCUGAUUUUGUAGGAAUUAAAGUGGUAUGGUAUCCAGGUUCUGCGGGUCUUCCCUGAGACCACCUGAGAACACUUGAGAUGCGGUACCUGAGAGAGAGAUUCUGUUGUGAACGAUGCGCCCCCAGACUCUGCCGUGGGAUUGAGCUUAUUCAAGAGCCAAGUGGGCUUGCGUGUGCACAUGUGUCUGUGUGCAGAGCUCCCCGCACACCGUCUGUUCACACGCAUGCGCUCCGUUUGCUGGGUAUCACUACACACGGAAGCACCGCACUUACCAACAGCGAUGUGGGUGAUUAUGAGCUCCUUUUAAUCAAUGAGGUUUCAAGUUUUCUAGUUUUCACUUUUGCCAAAAAAUGUUUUGCACUCACAAAGUAUUCUCCAGUUGACAAGUCCUGUCCAGACAAAGGUGAACGGCCGUGGCCGGACUGCCAUCCGUCUGGUGGAAGGUGGCUGCCACUUCACAUCAUGGCUGUGAUUCCCACUCUGCCCCCAACUUCAUUGUUUGUUUAUCCAUGCUCAAGACAGAUCAUCUGCAUCUUCUGUGGGAUGGGGAGUAGGUAGGAAGCUGUUAAAGGUGUAGGCUGGAGCCUUCCCGGAUGGAGCGCCCCCUGGGAGAGCCCACAGCCAGGCCUGCCUUGGGAUGGUCCUCCCACGUCCUAGCCCCAGAAGCUCUCUGAUGAUUUCAUGUGCUCAAAGCGCUAGUCAUAGUUUUCAGAAGCUGCUGCUUUCAUGGUAGAAAACAAGUCCUGUGGAGACUUCACUACUUUUAUCUUUGAAAAAAGGGCUUUAGAAGUGAGAUAUACGCAUGCACAUACAAACAUGCACUACCACAGCCUUGUAUUUCGUUUGGGGAAAGAGAAAAGAAUACCCAGUGAAUUGGUUUUUUUUAAGCACAUCUCCCUCUCUUGUUUGACCCAAACUCUGCAAGGAAACCACUGUGAUUAAAACAUCCAUACAGCCUGCCUAAGUGUUCCAUGGUUUCAGUUCAGUUCCAGUUUUCAGCCUUUACAAAUGAGGUCAAGACAUGACCAGAAUAUAAAGCAAGGAGAAAAUGAAGUAUUUGAUCUUUGCUCAAUGCUUAAUUUAUUUUUUACUGUGCCACUCUGAGAAUAUUUAUACAAUCCAGUAGCAUGAAAGCUUCUUUCUGUAGUAAUACGAAUUCUGUGCCUUUCGUCUGCUUUCUUAAGACCAAUUGUUCACACUUUGUAGACAUUAGACAAAUAUAUUUCGAUUAAAUACUCUACUUAUCUG